ACAAGACGAGAGAGACUAAUUUGCCUGCAAAUGGCCCCCCGGUGGCUGAGCUGCAGUACUGCAGUGUUCCUGCUCCUGGUUCACAUCGCCCCAGUCCUCACACAAUCCUGUGGGGGAACCCCGGGGAUCCCUGGGAUACCAGGCACCCAUGGGCCCAACGGCAUGGACGGUCCCAAGGGCGAGAAGGGCGACCCUGGUGAGGCAGGUCAGCCUAUCAGGGGCAAGAAAGGGCUGCCAGGUAUUUCUGGUCCUCCAGGACGGCCGGGGAUGAAGGGGGACGUGGGUCUCCCUGGGCCUCCUGGUAAUCCAGGCCGUAAAGGGGAUAAAGGAAGACCCUUUAACCCCUCCAACAACCAGAAAUCCUUCUUCUCCUACAAACGGAUAUCACACGCACCAGAGAUGGACACCCCCAUCUACUUCAGCGGGGAGACUUCGAGUGACCUGGAUGAACAGUUUCGAGGGGACCCGCUUACAAACGGGACGUUCACAUGCGUCACCAAAGGAAUUUAUUUCUUCAGUUAUCACGUUUCAGCAAGGAGCAGAGUGUGUCUGAAGCUGGUGAAAGGCAGCAACACUCACAUGAUGCAGUGUGACACGUCUGAGGGUUUCCUGGUCACCUCCGGCUCGGCCGUCUUGGAGCUGGCGGUCGGAGAGACGGUGUCUCUGCAGGCAACCAGGUACAACAGCAUCGUGACGAGCCAGAGCAGCGCCAGCCACACCAGCCACACCUUCACCGGCUUCCUGCUCUUCCCAACCACAUAGAGCUCCAACCUCUGAGCCAUAAGAUCACUUUGAAGACAUCAAAAACUUUUUAAAAGACAUUUAUAGCAAUGAAAUGAAAUGUUUUCUUUAAAAGUGCAAAGGUCAGCAGAAUUAACAAAGAUUGGCUCAGCAGUAGAGCUGCUGCCAUAAAGAAUCUUAUCAGUGUUUAUGCAUCAGUUAAAACAUUGUGUUUUUUACAUCACUGAUUUCUGAAAGCAGACUGAUUUCAGCUAGUUGUACGGUCGUGUUUCCUUUGCUUUUUCCCAGUACAAAAACAAAAUAAAAACUGAAACCAGC